CUAUGCCACAGGAAAGCGCCGGACUUGUGGAGUGGUGCUGCGUCUGGCCAUUCUUCGCCACGUCCUUGUGCUGCAAGGAUCGCAAGAAGAUCGUCAUCGUGUUGCUGGGGCUGGAUUCCUCGGGGAAAUCCACGCUGCUAGCCAAGCUUCGGAAGGAGAAAUUCACAUCGGUGCUCCCGACGUGUGGAUUCUCGUGCAAGAAAUGGAAGAUCCAGGACUUCGCCGUCUAUGUGUUUGAUUUGGGAGGACGCAAGGGAUUCCGCGGCAUUUGGCCUCACUACUUCGCAGAGGCCUAUGGCGCGAUCUUCGUUCUCGAUUCCAACGACAAGGCUCGAUUCUCCGAGGCCAAAGAGGAGCUCCAGAACGCUGUGAGCAACACUUACCUGGUUGGAAAGCCUGUUCUCGUGGUGGCGAACAAGCAAGGACCGGGAUCGGCAAUGCGAUUCGACGAUAUAAAAUUUUCUCUGCGCCCUCUGGAAGCCGCUCACAAUCUUGCUGAAUGCAAGUGUAAUCUACAGGUAAAUUUUCUACGUACUAUUUCAUUAGUUUCUUCUUUCGUUAGAAGCUCAGGAAGGAGACGCUGCGCUGGAUGGAGAUUUCCAAGAGGGUCUUCAAUGGCUCCUAGAGACCAUCCAGCUGCAGUACAAGGAGCUGCGAGAUCGAGUAGACAAAGACUCGUCCGCUCAGCGAGCUCGAGAAAGCAGGCAAAGAAGCGAAAGGCGAGAGCGCAUCAAGCUCAUGAAGGCUUCUCCGAGACUCCAUCCCCCGAAAGGCGAGAUUCAUCUCUCGAAAGCGGAAGCACCAUGCCCUGUGGAAGAUUUGCUCUCAGAACUCGAAUCAGUAAAAGAGGUUGUCGACUACGAGUUUCAUCAGUCAACAACGUCCUUGCUACUUCCAGGCCAGAUUGUCGUUUAAAACGAGCGGAUAAAUUCACAGCUUCGCAGCACAUCCUUCCUCGACUGCAAAGAAAAAGGAGAAAAAUAAGUUCUUACGAUCCACUCACUUGGACCGUGUGAUCACUUGCUCGGUGAGCUCCGUCAGCGCUCUACGACACAAAGACGCCUUCUCCGAGGUCGUGGGAGGAAAGCCCGCGACCGCAUCGGCGGCCUUGGACGCGUGCUCCCUGGCCAGCUCCUUGGUCUUGCGGAUCCCACUGCUCGCC